GCCCUGCGGGUGGGGGACAAGGCUCCCCAGCAUGCCAAGGUGGUGCUCCUGGGGGAGCAUCAGCUCCAAGCCAGCAGUGCACCAUUCACAUGUGCUCCCAGGCAGCGCCAGGGUUGUGUUGUCCCAUGCACUGUGCUUUAUUAAUAAUCCUGAGUACUUGUGUGAAGUCCUUGCUCUGGUGGGACGGCGAGGGGCAGUGGAGCAGAAGGGAACAGGCUUUGUCCCCCCGCCCAGCCCUGGGGGCGGUGCGGCACGGCCGGAGAUCCCAACCCACCACCAGCACAGCCCUCGCUCCUCAUCCAGCAUCCAGGAGGUGCAGGGCAGAGCCAUCCCUCUGGGCUUGCAGGGUCCCGGUGCUAUGCAGGGCCUGCUGCUCUGGGGGGGCUGGCUGCUGGCCACCAGCUACCUGGUGGGUGCCACGGGCAGCUGCCGGCACCGCUGCUGCCCGGGCAGGAACAACGUGUGCUGGGUCCCCAGUGCCCGCCGGGCUCACUGCUACUGCGACUCAUACUGCCAGAGGACAGGGGACUGCUGCCAGGACUACCACACCACGUGCCGCCGCGCCGCUGUGGGCUGCUCAGUGGGGCCCUGGGGGCCAUGGAGUGGGUGCAGCUCCCCGUGUGGGGUCGGCAGCAGGGCCCGCAGCCGCCAGGUCACCGUCCCGCCCCGGCACGGAGGGGAGCCCUGUCCUGACCUCAAGCAGCGCCGCGGCUGCCUGGGGGAGCACCCAACCUGCGGGACAGCCAAAGAGGUAGCCAAGAUACUCCCCAAGACCUUCAGCUGGGACUUCAGAGAUCCCUGGCGAAGAGCUGGGCUGCCACUGCUGGAGGAGCCCUCUGGCUCUCCCCUCCCCAGCUACUGCGGCUAUUUCCGCCUGACGCAGGUGGGACCCCCCUGCCGUGGGCAAGGCUGGAGCCGCCGGCUGCACCGGGACAAGCAGGUGUGUGUGGAAUGCUGGGGGGACAUGUCCCACCACCGUGCCCAUUGCACUGGACAUGGGCUGCAAGGAGCCAGGACAUUUUGGGUGGCUGCCUCUGUGGUGGGGUGCCAGGGCUCAUGGGUACAGGAGGGGCUGCAGGAGGGUUGUGUCUGCUCCCCACCCGCUCUCAUCUUCGUGUAGGAUCUCCCUGGGAAGGUUUGCUGCUCACCCUUGUAUCCGACUCCCUGUGUUUACCAUUAAAUACUUUGUUGAAGAAUGGGAAGAAAAUCCUUCUUAUAAAGAUUAAAAAUAAGGGAAAUGCUGAAGUGUGGUGAUUAAUGGUAGAAGAACAUCACAAAGAGGUUAAAUCUGAGUGAGAAGAUGAUUGCAGCAGUGACAUGAUGUCAUGCUCAGCCAUGACAUCAUGCCAUGCAAUCAGCUGCCAUUGGCAAGCAAUAUGAGGAUGGAGCAUCUGAGAUCACUCCCUGGAGUGAAUGUUGGGUGAGCUGGGCAGAGUGACUCAGCUUUGUGCUGUGGUUUGCAGACAGGAAUUAAACAGAGACACCCAAAACCUGCACAUUGGGUGAUGGUGCCAGAGGGUGUCCAGUUCCAGCUGUGGGGCUCAGCAGCUCCCACUGGAGGGAGUGAGGCUGAACUGGGUGGUGCUGGUGCCCUUCCUCACUCAGCUUGACCUCAUUGGUGGGGUCCCUGGUCCAGCCUUGGCCUGUAGUUCCACAGCCUGUGGUGGGAGGAUGUGCUGUGCCAGGGCUGGCUCUUGCCAGGCUGGCCAAGGGAGGAGGGAGCCCAAGGUGGGGACAGCCCAGAUCUGGAGGUGGGAAGGAGAGGGCAGCCCAUGGAAUAGCUGCCCCAGCCUCAUCCAAUGGGACUCUGGCUGCAGGGUGGCAACCAGCACCCAUCCCCAGGAGGAACAGAUUGUCUCUGUCCCCACAGUGGGGACUGUGGCCCUGGGCAGUCCCAGUGCCUGCAGAGGACUGUCAGUUGCCCAGCUCUCUGUGGAAUGUAAUGAGGAGGGUUCAGCCAGGCAUUGGGUUGUCACCUACCCAUCAGCUACCUAUGGCCAUGAGCCAGGGUGGCCCGUAGGGCUGGGGGCUUGAGCAGGGGGCUUAGGAUUUGAGGUUCCCUUGCUGCAGCCUAUGGCUGUUGCCUGUUUGCUGCCCCAGGAUGUGUUUGGCUCCUGCUGCCUGUUACAGCUCCCUCUCACCCCAUCCUCCUGGGCAGGGAAAUUAAAAGGCUUCAA